AUGAACGAGUUGGAGUAUUUUGUUGCCAGCACACACGGGAGUCGGUGUGAUAUCAUGCGCUACAUCCAGCAAUUGCGAGACUUGGAUGCGUGGAUCGAGUACCACCUCACUCACCUUCGCGCCAUCGCAACCGAGCGGGCGGCAUACCGGACAGCGCAGGCCCGCGGGAAGCGCAGCGGCCAUUAUGGAGGACGCGGCUCUGCUCCAGUGACUCGUGGUGCGCGUGGUCGAGGAGGCCGCGGCCGCAGUCGUUACCGCGGUGUAGAACAAGACUCUGCGGCGGCAGCGGCAACCUUGCAUGAACACUACGUACAUGAUGUGGAUGCGAGUCCUCAAGGGGAUGAUGACACCAAUAGCAGCGAUACGAACACCGUCGCCGUGGCAUGCACCGUGGAGCUCCAGCGACAGUUUGCUUGGCACGAGACGUGCGUGCAGCGUCACUGUCUCGAGCGAGAGGUCCUGGCGGCGGAGCUCGCGGAGCGAUGCUCUGAGGUGCGGCUCUCUAUGGCUUCGCGCCUGGACAACUUUGCUUCUGUAGCCGGAGUCCCCGUAACGGAGCUCUCCCGGUAG